AUGUUGCGCUCAUUACGAACGUGUUUAUUAUGGCCACAAAAGUCCAACACUCUUUCAUCUUCCACUUGGCUGCUGUUGGCUCGGAAUGGGAGCAAUCACAUCAAUGGUUUGAAAAAAUCUUCCUUUCAUUCUUCACUCCUCAAUUCUUCAGAACAACAAUCAUCACAGCACUCGGAUCCUAACUAUGAUUCAAAAAAACAAUUUUAUGAACAAUCUCGAUCUGUUCUCUCCGUCUUUCUUGAAUACAAACAAUUCCUCAUUGGCUCCACCUUUCACUUCUUUGGUGAUUUUAUCAAAUACAGAGAAAUGAGAAAAGAAAUUUCAUAUCGACCUUUCCGAGUAGCUUCUAGAAAGGAACUUUUAUUUAUGAACGGAUUUAGAUUUGAUUGUGUGAAAUUAUUAAUUCCAACUGGACUUAUUUUGCUCUUGUAUCCCAAGUUAUUGUUGGCUUAUUUACCCUUGUGUUAUUAUUACCCAAGUAUUAGACCCUCGUACUAUCAAAGCGAAAAAUUAAAAAAAGCUAUUAGAGAUAAUUCACACCAAAUGAGAAAGGAGCAACGCGAUGUGAUUAUUCAAGAAGUGUUGAGACAGGUAUCUUUACUUUCUUUUGGAAGUAAUAACUCAAAGGCAUUGCAGAAUGGUGAUGAAUCCGAGAAAAUUCUCAACGACCAAAUAUCACUCUUGCUAUCAGUCAUUCAAAAAAUUAAUGCUCUCAAAUCUCAUCCGUUGCCACUUAAGAUUUUACCAAAUUUGGAUACACUAUUGAAAGAACUAAAGCAAUUAGAUCAAUCAGAAUUGUUCACACAACAUUUGACGAUUGACAAAUUGUCAGACAACAUCAUUGAUAGCUUGUGUAGAUAUAGCUUUGUUGCUCGUUUGAUUUUUAACGGAAUUAGUGGAGUGUUCAAAUUGACAAAUAGUGGUUCUAUCAUCGGGAGUAGAUCUGGAGGAUUGGAAUCAGGAAUGCAUUCUCUCAAGUACAUGAUGAACCAUCUAUUCAUGGGAGCGUCUGCAACAAGCAUUGAAUUUAUUCGAAGCAUGUUGCCCCAGCGAUACAAACGUAAAUUGUUGAAAUAUUAUGUACAUCUUAUUCGUGAAGAUGACAUGUUCAUUCAUCAAGUAUUAGAUACCAUGAGCAUUAAGGAAUUAAUUGAGGCAAGUUAUGUACGAGGCUUUGUUCAUGAGUGGAAAUACAAAUUCAGUGGUGAAGAAGGAAAGGGCAGUUCUUUGGAUCAAUCCUCAUCGACUCAUGAUAUCAAGGUCAAUCACAGAGCCGUUCUAGUAUCGUAUUUAAAGUUGUGGUGUGCGUUUAGCUCACACGUUCAGAAUGACAAUUUACUGUUGCUUGUGACGGUUUUGUUAUUCGUUCAUUGA